AUGGCUUCCGACGAGGACAGAUUACGAGCUAAAGUGGCCAACCUCAACGCGUCUCUCGAUGAGCUCGAGAUGCAACUUGAACCGCUAUUCACCAAGAGCCUUGCCGAGACCCUUGUGGCCCUCGAAACCAUUCAGCAGGCCAAAUUGCAAGUGGUUCUGCCGUAUGUACUAUAUGAUCUUGUAUUCGUAUACCUGAAAACACGUGGAAUCGAUCCCAGGACUCACCCUGUCAUCGCUGAACUGGACCGCGUCCGCCAAUACUUUGACAAAAUAAAACAUGCAGAAGAAUCUGAAGAGAAAAGCAAGCUCGGUAUCGACAAAGCAGCCGCUGGCAGGUUUAUUAAACACGCCAUCGCCCAAGCAAAGCUCGUAAAACCGGUGGAAGAAUCAAGUAAUAAUGCAUCACCUGGACCUGCUACUACCAGCGAGCGCGUUCCAGUCAAAAUCACCAGCAAAAUGGCGGAGCGCGCAGAGUAUGAGAAGAACUUGGAGGAAUUGGGCAGUGAAGAAGAAGAGGACCUCGAAGUAUUUGAUGAGGCUGAGGUGGAACGUGACGAGGACGCGAUGGAAGACGAGGUGCUAUCGCCCCAGGACAAGGGGAAAUCACGAAUGGUUGAAAACGAAGUCCCAGAACGUGGAGAACAGCUAGGUGGUAGGCGCAAACGACCACGGAUAGAUCCUUUCACAGGUAGUCUUGAUGUUUUCCUCUUUUGUAGUCCAAAACUCACCCAUCCACAGGAUAUGGGGAUGUCAAUUCUUCAAAGUCCGAGAAACAGAAAAAGAAGUCACCCGCAUCAUCUGCCUUAUCUAGCACCACCUCGGCUGCUCAGACACCAGAUCAGUCAGGACAAAGUACUCUAUCGGCACCCGACGAAGGGCAACAAAGAAAAGCAGCAAAGAAAGUCAGACGAAAGGAGAAGAAGCUGCUAA